UUUUUUUUUCAUUCUUUUUUUUUUUCCCUUUUUCUCAAUUCAUUCUACUUUUAUUUAUAUAUAUAUAUCCUUACAAACUAUGGGUUCCAAACUGAAAACAACCAACAACAACCAUAAUAAUACAUUGAACACUAUCCCUACCACUUCUCAAACAGGCAAUGAACGAGAUAAACGACGAAGGACUGGUGAAGGCAAUGUUGGCAAAGAAUUUCAAACUAUUGACUUUAAUACAUUCGAUAUCUCAGUACUUAGGAAAUAUGCUCGUGUUCAUAAAAUCAAGAUCAAAUCCAAAACUAAUAAAGAGGAUCUGGUAGGUGCUGUGUCUCGUCAUUUUGCCAACCAAACCGUCAAGGAAGUCGAUACCAUUACUUGUUUUUUGUAUACAGCUCAUUAUAGAGAUAGUGUUCUCCGUUUACCAUUACACAUGUAAUGACCAUAGCUCUCCUUUCCUUCUCUUCUUUUAUACAACUAUAUACUUAUUUAUUUCAAAAACUAUUUUAUUGAAUAAAACCGACUUCUUUUAUUAUUAUUAUUAUUAUUAUU